AACUAACUUUAGGCACAGCACAGGACACAUGCGGCAGUAGUUUGUUUCCUAUUUUUCUUUUCUUUCAAACCAAAUUCAAAAUUUCAAGCUAGUGGUGUGUUGCGGUAUGAGGGAGAUUGUUACGCUGCAGAUUGGCGGCGCCGGCAAUGCCAUUGGCGAUGCGUUCUGGCACGUUAUUUCCCAUGAGCAUGGUGUGGACUACAAUUCGGGACGUUUCGUCGGCACCAGCCCGCUGCAGCUGGAGCGCUUGAAUGUCUUCUUCAAUGCGACGGUGAGCAGACGCUUCUAUGUGCGCAGCAUUGUCAUUGACACGGAGGCGAGCACCAUACAGCGGCUGCACACCAGCAGCCAGCUGUACAGGCCGGAGAACUUUGUUGCUGGAACGGAGAGUGCGGGCAAUAAUUUUGCACGCGGCUAUCACACAGAUGGCGCAGAAAUCCUACAGCAAGUGUUGGAAAAUACGCGACGAGAGGUGGAGGCUGUGGACUCGCUGCAAGGCUUUCAGCUGCUGCACUCAAUUGGCGGCGGCACCGGCUCCGGUCUCACCUCGCUAAUCAUGGAGUCGCUCGUCGAGCAGUAUUCAGACAAUUUGCUAUGCAACUAUGUGACCAUACCCUCACCGAACAUGUCCCAGGUGGUGGUGGAGCCAUACAAUGCGCUGCUCAGCACACCGGCCCUGGUCAAUAACUCCCAUUUGACAUUCUGCCUGGACAACGAGGCGCUAUUUCAUAUUUGCAAUCGUAAUUUGAAAAUCAAAAUGUGCGGCUAUGAGCACAUCAAUCACAUUGUGGCCCUCACCAUGUCGGGCAUUACCACAUGCCUGCGCUUUCCCGGCCAGCUGAAUGCUGGUCUGAGGAAGAUCUACGUGAAUAUGGUGCCAUUUCCGCGUUUACAUUUCCUGAUACCGGGCUUCGCGCCGCUGGUUACCUGCACGCAGCAACAGUUUAGCAAGGGCACCGUCUCGGAGCUGGUCCAGCAGAUCUUCUCCAGCAAUAAUCUGCUGUGCGCCAUCGACUUGCGUCAGGGCAAGCUGUUGACAGCCGCCGGCAUCUUCCGUGGACGGAUGUCGCCCCGCGAAGUCGACCAAAUGAUGACGGGUGUGCGGAACAAGAAUCUGAAUAACUUUGUCGACUGGAUACCGAACAAUAUUAAGACGGCGAUCUGUGACAUACCGCCGCGUGGCCUCAAGAUGUCUGCCACGUUUAUUGGCAACACAACGGCCAUACAGACGCUCUUUCAGCGUUUGCUGGACGGGUCGUCGGUGAUGUUGCGCCGCAAGGCCCAUCUCCACUGGUACACGGGCGAGGGCAUGGAGGAGCAGGAGUUCAUCGAUGCCCAGCAGGAGCUGCAGGCCAUUAUCGAUGAUUAUCGCAGCAGUGCGGAAAUGGAUGGUGACGGUGGCGGUGGCGGUGGCGGUGGCAACGGAAAUGGCAGUCAUGAUGGCAGUGCACGACCCUCUGGUGCUGCUGCCGGCGGUACUAAGUGUCCCCACUGUGGCGAAUAAUGCGGAACCCAACUACACCCUCAGCCUACUCCCUUUCGAAAAGAAC